UGUCGCCAUGCGCCUAUCCGGGUCUGCUUGCUGGGCGCUGCUGCUGCUGCUGCUGCUGCUGGUGGUAGGGCUCUGCCGCGCGCACCGGGUGUGCCCCCGGAACGUGCUGCUGAUCCUCGCGGAUGAUGGAGGCUUUGAGAGUGGCGCCUACAACAACAGCGCCAUCACCACCCCUCACCUGGAUGCCUUGGCCCGCCGCAGCCUGAUCUUCCGCAAUGCCUUCACCUCAGUCAGCAGCUGCUCUCCCAGCCGCGCCAGCCUCCUCACUGGCCUGCCCCAGCAUCAGAAUGGAAUGUAUGGCCUGCACCAGGGUGUCCACCACUUCAACUCCUUCGACGGAGUACAGAGCCUGCCGCUGCUGCUCCGCCGAGCUGGUGUUCGCACAGGAAUCAUUGGGAAGAAGCAUGUGGGGCCAGAGGCAGUGUACCCGUUUGACUUCGCGUACACGGAGGAGAACAGCUCUGUCCUCCAGGUGGGGCGGAACAUCACCAGAAUUAAGCUGCUGGUCCGGAAAUUCCUGCAGACUCAGGAUGACAGGCCUUUCUUCCUCUAUGUCGCCUUCCAUGACCCCCACCGCUGUGGACACUCCCAGCCCCAGUACGGGACCUUCUGUGAGAAGUUUGGCAACGGGGAGCGUGGCAUGGGGCGUAUCCCAGACUGGACCCCCCAGACUUAUGACCCGCAGGAUGUGCUGGUACCUUACUUUGUCCCUGACACCCCAGCAGCCCGAGCUGACCUGGCUGCUCAGUAUACCACCAUUGGCCGGAUGGACCAAGGGAUUGGACUCGUGCUUGAGGAGCUGCGUGGAGCAGGCGUCCUAAAUGACACCCUGGUGAUCUUCACAUCCGACAACGGGGUCCCCUUCCCCAGCGGCAGGACCAACCUGUACUGGCCGGGCAGUGCUGAACCCUUGCUAGUGUCAUCCCCAGAGCACCCGAAGCGCUGGGGCCAGGUCAGCGAGGCCUAUGUGAGCCUCCUAGAUCUCACGCCCACCAUCUUGGAUUGGUUCUCCAUCCCCUACCCCCACUAUGCCAUCUUUGGCUCGAAGACCGUCCAGCUCACUGGCCGGUCCCUCCUGCCGGCGCUGGAGGUGGAGCCCCUCUGGACCACCGUCUUUGGCAGCCAGAGCCACCACGAGGUCACCAUGUCCUACCCCAUGCGUUCUGUGCAACACCAGAGCUUCCGCCUCGUGCACAACCUCAACUUUAAGAUGCCCUUUCCCAUCGACCAGGACUUCUACGUCUCGCCGACCUUUCAGGACCUCCUGAAUCGCACCAUGGCAGGCCAGCCCACGGGCUGGUACAAGGACCUCCAUCACUACUACUACCGGGAGCGCUGGGAGCUCUAUGACAAGAGCCAGGACCCCCACGAGACCCAGAACCUGGCCACUGACCCGCGCUACGCCCAGGUUCUGGAACUGCUUCAGACCCAACUGGCCAAGUGGCAGUGGGAGACCCACGACCCCUGGGUGUGUGCUCCCGACGGUGUCCUGGAGGAGAAGCUCUCUCCCCAGUGCCGGCCCCUCCACAAUGAGUUGUGAGAGCCCCUGGGGGCACCUGCUCCUCCCUUCCCACACCUGGUCCCUGUGCCCCCGCCUUUUCAGCUGAUGUAGAGGGAGGGGCCAGCCUUGAGGGGGCAGAGACCACAGCCCUUCCCUCUGUAUCCCAUCCCAGGAAGGCUCUCCUUGAUGCUGGUAUCAUUCCUGCCUCUGUCUGGACUGGAGAGCAAGGUGUGUGCCCCGGCCCCUUGCCUCACCCAUGGUAGGAGACACCACUGACCUUGAGUCUGAGCCAUGUCCUGGCACAGGAAUUCCAAGGGGACCCUGGGGCGGGGCAGGAUCUCCAGCCUGUGACAGGUGAGGAUGGCCUGGGCAAGGGGGUCUUGUUUUCUGGGUCGGGUUGGGGACCUGCAGAUACAAGGGGCUGGGACCUGGCCUUGAGACUCUCUUCAUUGUUUGGAACCCACAGGUGAUUCUGCGCCAU